AUGAAUCCAGAAGUGAACAGAGCCAGUGACCCUGAUCCAAACGGGGAUGUCAUCCUCGUGGUAUCCCCACCAAAGCAGCCUCGCGCAUACGCCCCCUCCAGGCUUUAUUCAGAUGAAGAGGCAGGAGUCGUCAGAUACCGAGCUUCCUCUAAACAUCUGAGCUUGGCUUCGCAAUACUUCGAAAAGAGGCUGAAGAAAGAAUGGGGCGAGGGCGAAGAACUGCAGAAGAACGGCUGGAUCGAGAUGGACGUUCCCGAUACCGAUCCUGAGGCGUUUUCAAUCCUGCUUGAUCUAAUGCACUGCCGCACGCAGGAAGUUCCUAUCUCGGUGAUCUUUGACGAGUUGGUCGAGCUGGCUGUCCAAGUCGACUACUUCAAAUGCCACGGAGUUCUGGGGCUGUAUCCGGCGAGAUGGAUCGAACCGUUGAAGGCGAAACGUCCCAACACUUACUGUGAUGAGACCGUCAAGUGGAUUUUUGUUUCCGGGGUGUUCAAUGAUUGCGAGCUUUACGCAUCUGUUACCUGCUUGGCGAUACGGCAGAGCAAGGACUUCAUAAACACGCUGGAUCUUCGUAUACCGCUAGCUGUUACAGGUGAGCCCAUAUGA